AUGAAUAUAUUUAAAUCUAAUUUAUAUUUUGCACUACUUAUUUACCCUGGUAUAGAAAGUUAUGAUAUAUUACAAAUUAUAUUAGCUCCAUUGAUAGCAGAAUUAUUUCAAUUUUAUUUUUGGGAAGAUCAGAGUACCAAAACAUGGCUAAUUACAAUACUAUCAGAAAAUAAUAAACUUAAAGUUUUAAAAGAUUUUGAUUUAAAUGUUAUAUUUACUCCUGAAAGAGCUACUAAAAUUAAAGAAUUGUGGAAUAGUUUUAAUAAUUUAUAUAAUGAUAUACAUAAAUUAAAUAUAUUUGGCAAUCAAUUUCAACAAAAAGCAUACCAAUGGUUAAAACUUUUUUUAACCAAAUCUCAAGGUAAUAUAAACUCUUCAGGAUUUGUUUGUGGACUUUAUUGA